AUGCCCAAAGACAUCGUAACCGCCUUCGAGAAGAGCAUUGCCGACGACCACGCCAAGGGGGUGGAGAAUUGGAAGCAUCUCUGUGAGAAGCCAUUGGCUGAUGGCCCAGAGCAAGCCGAACACUAUCAUCACGAGCUUACCAGCGCCAUGUAUUGGCUGAAGCCUCUUGCAGACUACCUGUCUGACAAAUUCGGUAUGGCCGUCUCUAUUCUGCUUGCAGGACCCAUUGCAGACCUCAACGGCGCUAUCGAGGUGCACAGCGCUCACGUGGGCCAGACCCCAGGUCUCGUGAACCUCUGCUGGCCGGAGUUUGAUCCCAUUGGCUACACCGACGCGGAGGCCUCGAUGGUUCGCUUUGCCAAGCACCUGUAUUGCACUGCUGGUGUUGCUAUGGCGGAUGGCAGUCCCGCCCCUCAAGUCGAAACCUCUGCUCAGGCCAGGGCGGAGCCCGGUCCUUCUGGUCAAGCCUCUUCGUCCUCUUGUGUUGGUUCGUCCUCACCUGUACGUGUAUCGUCCACUGUGUCCGCAGUCGUUAACCCAUCCAGGGCCAUCGUUGCAACUUCUUCAGCUUCGGUAUCCCUUCCAGUUCCUUUUGCUCAGGCGGAAUCAGUCGACGUGUCCAGCAAUGCCACCGCCUCAUCCUCGACACCCUCGCAACCAACAUUGACGUCAAUCCCCACGCUGGUACGGGAGGAUGGACACAUGCAUGAGACAGUGCAUGCCGGAGGUCUGUUCAUUUUGCCGCCUGUUGUCAACAGGGUCAUGGUGCCACCAACUGAUUUCCAGUUGCUCACCGUUGGGAGGUCGGACGAUGUAUUUUCGUCCCCUGCAACGUCGUCUCCUUCUGCUGCUGUCGUGCCACCCCAACCCGUGGCUAGCGACGCACUCCCCUCUUUGUCCGCUCCGACUUCCAUCACUACAGCGGAGACCUCUACAUCCUCCCAACCUGUUACUGGCAGCACAUGCCCUUCUGUGAUUGAUCUGACCUCUGCUAGUGUGACGGAGACCUCCAUGCAGCCAUUUCUACCCAGUGCCACACCUCUCUCGAGCCAGUCCGCCUUACCUAGUUCGAACUCCAGGUCUGAUAUCAAUUUGUCUUCAUCUCCCAUCGCUCCGUCUCCCAUCGCUCCCGCCAUUCCCAGCUCUACCUCAACUGUGAGGGACAGUGACCUUGUAGCAACGAUCCCGGUCCUCAACCUUACGUGCUUCUCGGACCGUGAGAAGAAGCUUUACGAGAACUUCAUUCGUGAACGAGGUUGGGGCAGCGAGUGGUCGCGGAUGCUGACGAGCCUAGUGCUCCUCGAGAAGGAGGCGCCUGCUACGGUGAAGAGGUUGGGAGGAAAUAAGGCGCGUCCGGCCGAGGUGGCUAGCUGGAUAAAGAUAGCGCAGCCGGCGAGGGACAUGGAGAUUGAUGACCCCAUUGCAUUUGCAAGGGGGUGGUGGGGUUGGUGGACAUCUCUUCAGCCCUCUACUCGGGCAGUUGGCGAUGACGGGAAGCCACAGCAGGAUUGGAGUGCUGUCGUUUGGGAUUCGCUCUGCAUCACGGGCCCCAACGGCCUUCUCCUAGUGGUUGUCUGCCUGGCGUGGUGGGGCAUGGUGGUUGUUGGAAAGGCUUCUGCAGAUCAGGAAAACAACUGGUGUGCUGCUGUCGCUGAUGUGGCUUGGACACUCGACCAGAUCUUGUCAUCGCUGAGCGGCUCUUCUUCAUCCAACCCUGAUGGCUCUACCACCUCCCGAGAGAGUCUGUCUCUCUGCGGCACAAUGUCGACGCUGUCCGCAUGGAAGGGCUCAUCUGUGUUGUUGAAAAGGCGUGUUCUGGAUCUGCUAACCACAGAACACACCGACCGCCAGCGCGCCACUUCGCAAGAGAAGCGCAAUGUUCUCGCCCAUUGCGUGAAGCAGUGGUGCACAAUCCAGGACCUUUACAUGCCCGUCGUGUCUCAGCUGCGCUCCCCUAUGUCAAGCGGUCCCAUACCUGCACCGAGCAUUGGAGAUGCCCCCACUGAUGGUGACACACUGUGUCUCACUUCAACUGCUAAUCUUACACUCUGGCUCCUGUCUGCCCUUCCUGAUGCUUUACGCAACUCGCUCCACAUGCAGGACUUGUUAGCAAAGGAGAAGCUCUUGCACCUUGCUCAGGCAGAUGAUGCACUUGCUGAAAUCCAUCAGCUUUGA